AAAGUUAUUGAAUUAAUCCAAAAUAACAAGCAUUUUUUUUUGGUUCAGUCAAAAGUAAGAGCAACAACAAUUGCAGAGAAAGGUGAAUAUUAUUCAAAUAGACCACCAACUCCUUUACUGGACACAAUCAACCAUCCAAUGCACAUGAAAAAUCUGUCCAUCAAAGAACUCAAAGUUCUUUCGGACGAGUUGAGAUCUGAUGUUAUCUUUAAUGUUUCGAAAACUGGAGGACACUUGGGUUCGAAUCUGGGUGUUGUUGAGCUCACUGUGGCCCUUCAUUACAUUUUCAAUACUCCUCAAGAUAAGAUCCUUUGGGAUGUUGGUCAUCAGUCUUAUCCUCACAAGAUUCUAACGGGAAGAAGAGGAAAGAUGAAGACAAUAAGGCAGACCAAUGGCCUCUCCGGCUACACCAAGAGAAGAGAGAGUGAGCAUGACUCUUUUGGCACUGGCCAUAGUUCGACCACAAUAUCUGCAGGCUUAGGGAUGGCUGUGGGAAGGGAUUUGAAGGGGAUGAACAACAGCGUGGUUGCGGUAAUAGGCGAUGGUGCGAUGACAGCUGGACAAGCUUAUGAAGCAAUGAACAAUGCUGGCUACUUAGACUCUGACAUGAUUUUGAUUCUCAACGACAAUAAACAAGUCUCUUUGCCUACUGCUAACUUGAAUGGACCAACUCCACCUGUUGGAGCUUUGAGCUGUGCUCUAAGUAGGUUGCAGUCUAAUCGUCCUCUCAGGGAAUUGAAAGAAGUUGCCAAGGCAAGGAGUGAGGAAUCAAAUUGGGGGAUCAAUGCAUCGACUAGCUUCAAAGUUGAUGGACACAACAUAGAUGAUCUCGUCUCCAUUCUUGAAAAAGUAAAAAACACCAAACCCAUAGGACCGGUUCUUAUUCAUGUCAUGACUGAAAAAGGUCGCGGAUAUCCCUACGCAGAGAGAGCUGAUGACAAGUAUCAUGGAGUUUUAAAAUUCGAUCCAGCAACAGGUAAACAGUUCAAAAACAUUUCUAAGACUCAGUCUUACACUUCCUGUUUCGUAGAGGCCUUGAUUGCGGAAGCAGAGGCAGACAAAGAUGUUGUUGCCAUUCAUGCAGCAAUGGGAGGUGGAACUAUGCUGAAUCUCUUCGAGAGCCGCUUUCCGACAAGGUGUUUCGAUGUUGGCAUAGCAGAACAACAUGCAGUUACUUUCGCUGCUGGUCUUGCUUGCGAAGGACUUAAGCCCUUUUGUACAAUCUACUCUUCUUUCAUGCAACGGGCUUAUGAUCAAGUUGUACAUGAUGUUGAUCUACAGAAACUACCUGUGAGAUUUGCAAUAGAUAGAGCCGGACUUAUGGGAGCAGAUGGUCCAACACAUUGUGGAGCAUUUGAUGUGACGUUUAUGGCAUGUCUUCCAAACAUGAUAGUGAUGGCUCCAUCUGAUGAAGCAGAGCUUUUUCACAUGGUUGCAACUGCUGCAGCUAUUGAUGACCGUCCUUCGUGCUUUCGAUAUCAUAGAGGAAACGGUAUUGGUGUUUCACUUCCUCCUGGCAACAAAGGUGUCCCUCUUCAGAUUGGGAAAGGUAGGAUACUAAGGGAAGGCGAGAGGGUUGCGCUUUUGGGGUACGGAUCAGCCGUUCAAAGAUGUUUAGAGGCUGCUUCUAUGCUAAGCGAACGCGGAUUAAAGAUAACUGUAGCGGAUGCAAGAUUUUGUAAGCCAUUAGAUGUUGCUCUCAUUCGUAGCUUAGCUAAAUCACACGAGGUUUUAAUCACGGUUGAAGAAGGUUCCAUUGGAGGAUUUGGAUCGCAUGUGGUACAAUUUCUUGCACUUGAUGGCCUUCUUGACGGAAAGCUUAAGUGGAGGCCAAUGGUACUACCUGACCGGUAUAUCGAACACGGAUCACCAAUGGAUCAACUGGCUGAAGCUGGCCUCACAGCGUCUCACAUUGCAGCCACAGCACUUAACUUAAUGGGAACACCUAGAGAAGCCUUGUUUUGGGAGUAAUGAGAUCUCCAACAGGCACAGAAACGUUCUUCAAUUCUAUAAGAGAGUGUAUCGAGAAAACCCGCUUAGAAGAAGUAUAUAUUGUAGUUAUUUAACAUCUUGAAUAAAUUCAUUCACAUUCA